GCGUGUCCCAGAGCCAUGCAUAUUAUAACAAGGCAAGCUGCGAUACGUUUUGGCACGCCAGUCCUCAGCUCUCUGUUCACCAGCAGACUCACCGGCAACAGCAGACUCUGUACGAUGGCUGAGCUUUCCCCCCCCGAACAAGUGGUAUUCAACAAGCCAAAGGUUGAGCUGCAUGUGCACCUUGAUGGAGCCAUCAGGGUGCAGACUAUUCUUGACGUUGCCAAGAGACGCGGCAUCCCUCUGCCAGCAAAUAACAUAGAGGAGAUGACACAGAAUAUUAUUGUUGAGGAGCCUGCCACCCUCACCGUGUUUCUGGGGAAGUUUGCAGAGUACAUGCACGUGGUUGCUGGAGACAGAGAGGCCAUCAAGAGGAUAGCCUAUGAGUUUGUUGAAGACAAAGCCAAGGAGGGAGUGAUUUAUGUUGAGGUCAGAUACAGCCCACAUUUACUGGCUAACACUAAAGUCGACCCCAUUCCAUGGAGCCAGACAGAAGGUGACCUAAGCCCAGAUAUGGUGGUGCAACUGGUUAAUGAGGGCCUCAGCGAGGGGGAGAGGGCCUUCAAUAUCAAAGCCAGGUCCAUUCUAUGCUGCAUGCGCGACAAGCCAAGCUGGUCCAUGGACGUCGUGGAGCUGUGUAAGAAAUACUGCGACAAAGGAGUGGUCGCCAUUGAUCUGGCAGGUGAUGAGUCACUCAACUGUAAAGCCAAUCCAGAACACAGGAAUGCCUAUGAGGAAGCGGUGCGUUGCGGCGUCCACAGGACAGUCCAUGCAGGAGAGGUGGGCCCGGCAUCGGUGGUGAAGGAGGCUGUAGAAGUGCUGAAAGCUGAACGGAUUGGACACGGUUACAGAACCCUGGAAGAUCAUGCCCUGUACCAAAAACUGCUGGCUGACAACAUGCACUUUGAGGUGUGUCCUGUUUCCAGUAAGCUGACUGGUGCCUGCCACCCAGACUACGCCAAGCAUCCUGUUGUCAGGUUCAGGGAGGACCAGGCAAACUACUCCCUGAAUACAGAUGACCCUCUGAUCUUCAACUCAACCCUGCAACUCGACUACAGCAUCGCGCACAACUACAUGGGAUUCACUGAAGAGGAAUUCAAACGAGUGAACAUCAAUUCUGCAAAGUCGUGCUUCCUGCCUGAGAAGGAGAAGAAAGAGCUCCUCGACAAGCUGCAUGAGGCCUAUGGGAUGAAAAACACGACUGCCUUUUAAACCUGACAAGGAAAUCUGAGGAAGAAGUGAACCCAGGGGAAAAUCCGUCUGAACCUCGCCACCUGACAAAAUGGAAUGUCUUUUUCCUCAUUUGUAACCAGACAUAAAGGCUAGAAAAUAAUCAAAUAUGCUGUUUAUCAUUCUUGCUGCUGCCUUCACCAUACAUACCUGAACAUCAACAGCUUUGUGUUUUGUUAGUAUUCUUAGAGACCUUAAAUACUUAAAUUUACAGUGUAGUUCCAGAGGAAGUCGCGGUGGUUCGCAAGGUGCAAAAAACAAAGGCGUGCAAGUGUUUUGUCUUGAUGAAGUAGAUUUUGUUGUAUGAAAACUCAUUCAAAACUCAUUUCAUUCAUCUUGUGUUUACAUUCUGUUUUCAUGAAGAGAAUCAGGGAAGCUUUUGAUGUAAACUUACUCAGCAAUCAUGAACAGCUUUAACACUUUGUCAGACUGUAAGUUAAGGAUAAGGGAGGUUUUAUUAGUUGUUCAUCUUUGUAAUAGCUUAACCAUUAUGGCGUCCUGAACAUCUUUGGGUGAAAACAUGUGAUGGAGGAUAAUUGAAAGCUGGUGGAAAGGUGAAGAACUUACUACCUAUGGGGGGAAACAUGGUUUACUGUGAAUAUCCGUGGUUUGGUUUGCGGGUGAGGUAGGGUUGUUAGAAAAUUUGUUUGCUUUUUGCCCUCCAUACAUUAACUGCAGGACACAUCAGGUAAAACAGCUCAAUACCAAAAGUCUAGUCUUACAUCUGAACACUAGGUGGCACACAACUGUCACCUUGAUAGACAAAACAGUUUACUUAAUGUGGUUUUACAUUUCGUAAUUAUUCUCUCAAUUAUUUUGAUGUAUAUUUAUUUUUUUCACUAAAUAAAAAAAGCACAACCAUUUGUAACAGACCUAUUGAACACUUGAUAAGCAACUUUAACCAUAAUAAAAACAUUAUGAAAUGUUU